AUGUCCCAGUUAGCACAAAAUACCUCUCUUUCAUUGCCGGCCCGGCUUCUCUGCUACCUCGGCCCUCCAUCAGUUAUUCUCCUCACAACUUACGUCUCUCCACGAACUGCCCUCCUCUCCCCUCUUGCGUUCGUUCCCACCGCCUUGUGCUUUAGAAAAUGGCUACAGUCCAACGAACGAAAUCCGUCACGCCGUGGGGAGCUGGAACCAAUGCUCUGGACAUACGCUGCAGCAGGCACACUUGGUCUUGCGGGCGCGGGGCUGGUCCAAAUCGUCAUCAGCAAGGGCGUCGCUGCUGUCCUCUUUAGCUCGCCAGAAUUGAGAACAGAGUUCUGGGAGGAAUUUGCACGUAGUACUGUCGCCGGAUUGACAGCAGAUCAACUCACCCGUCGUGCUGAGAUAGCGUCAUCUUGGCAGAACUGGGUAUUCAACGCCUUAUUGACCUUCGUGUCAGCUGGCCUGGUCGAAGAAACGGUCAAAUACCUGCCUAUUAUCUAUGCUCGCCGCCGGGGCACGCCCAAGGAAAGGGGGCAGCGAAACAGGGCCUAUCUAGACUACGCCCUAGCUAGCGCUCUGAGCUUUGGUUUGAUAGAGACCAUUGGGUAUAUGUAUGUUUCUUGCGAGAGCGCAAAUGAAGCUUUGGGCAAAUCCGUCCUUACACUCAUCGCACGUGUCGUUAUUGGCCAAGUUGGACAUCUGUCAAUUGCUGCUUUAACGGCAUUGAGAGCCAUACGACGAGAUUAUUAUGGAGAUAAGUUGAGUUGGUGGAGGGUGGUUGGCCCCUCGGUGCUCCUGCAUGGAACGUACGAUUUUAUAGCUAUGUCCGGCAGUGCCCUGGAAGGCAACGUAGGCUGGAUCCAGCCGACUGGUAUGAAGAUUGUGGCCGUGGUUGGUUUGAUUACCAGUCUUGUUGCAUCAUCGCUCUGGCAAGUUAAUAAAGAGUGGAAGGCGCUUGAAAUCCGGGACCAGGUAGUCAAGUUCUCUGAAGACGAGAGCAUAGAGCUGUGA